CGACUUCCUAUUCUAAUUUAAUACGUGAAACCCUUUCAGCAGGAUCUCAAAUAAAUUGUUCCCAGAUGAGCUUCCGAAAGAGGUUAACUAAUAAGCUUAAAAUGGUGCAAAUAACGUCAGUACCUAUUGAACGGUGUAGUGGCAAUAUGAAAAUGUUGGAAAGGAAGUGUGAAAGUAAUUCGGCACAAGUUCUCCAUUACAGCGGAUAUUUGGAUAAGAAUGCAAACAACAAAUCGCCGAUUAUUGAAAAAAGACGUAAAUCUGCUUCGUUACAUGCUUUACAUCCGGAUGACAUGAAACCAUUCAGUAUAACAGAUCAGUUAGGUGACCAACUGUCACAUGAACUAUUAAAUGGAAGCAGCAGACGUGGCUCGAAAAGCUCAGAAAUACAGGAUUCAGUUUCGGAUACAUUUUCUUGUGCAGGUCCAAUCGAGACUGCAAUUUCAUACCACCAAAAUGCUCCAUCAUUAACACGGUUCGAUACAGACAAUCGUGCUUUCGACGAACGCCUUGCUUUAGUAAUCCAGAAUUCAGAUAUUAAUUUUAAUCGUGGUUUCUGGAUGCACAAUGACUGGUUAAACAGAUGGACCUUACGAUUUAAUGAAGUAAACAUAGAAGAGCGGUAUAGGGCGCAUUUUUCAGAAUCUGUCGAUCGCCAAUGGCCCAGUUGUGAUGGCACAGGACCAUGCAAAAAUACAUCACAAACUGAUAACUUGGACUUACAUUAUCGUUAUUCGGGUGUAUUUAUUGAUGUACUGGUAGCUGGGAUGUUGCUCGUCAUUUGUGCAGCUGCGAUUCUUGUUUCGGGAAUGUUAAAUGCCAUCUUCAUUAUUUAUUUUACGGUCUCACUCUUUGCUACUGCAUUGAUUGUCAUUGUCAUUGGUAUACCAUUACUAAGGCGUCAGACAAUUUUCCCGUUUAUUAAUCCUUGGACACCACGUCAUGUUACAGGAAUGGUACUUAUAUUAUUACCGACAGGUGUUGCAUUAUCGGUAGCACCGUUAUGUAAUAAUAUUGUUGCACAGGAAUAUGUAUGUGUUUCGUCAGAUUUGCUUUCACAACGGAUUUUGUUUUCCUAUGUAUUUUUGGUUGCAUUGUUUGCACAUUGCAAUUUUUCGCAACUCUCAGCUUGGCCAAAAACAGCUGAGGCAUUGUUGGUCGGUUUCAUAUUUUUAUGGCUCACUUAUGUUUGCCAGUAUCGCAUUGGUACAUUGGUCGACAAAUCAUCCAAUAAUCCAAAUAUUGGGCCACAUUUCUGCAAUGGUACCGUGCCUCUUUGGGCAUCAGGACGAUUCGGUUCCCCGAUUAAUUUGCCUGAAAUUUCUCUUGAUGUCUUUUUGGUUGUCGUUUUGGUCGCUUUUCUCAAUUAUCAGUUUGAAGCUGCAUUUCGAAUGUCUUUCUUCGGUGACGUACAAGCGCAACGUGACACGGUGCAAAUGCAAGCGGUACGUGACCAAGCUGAUUGGCUUUUAACUAAUAUCAUCCCGCAACAUGCCAUCGAUUCCCUGAAAUCGAGUAUUAGAUACUCUGAAAAUCAUGCACUGACAGCGGUUCUCUUUGCUACGAUCACUAAUUGGAACGAAAUGUACGAAGAGACUUUUGAGGGAGGACGCGAAUUUUUACGAGUGUUAAAUGAGAUUAUUGGGGAUUUUGAUGAAUUGCUGGAUAGGCCUGACUUCUCACAGGUGGAAAAAAUCAAAACUAUUGGACCUACAUAUAUGGCAGCAGCUGGAUUGAAUCCAGAUCAAAGACGAUCAGCCCAACAUCCUCACGAGCAUCUUUAUCAGUUGAUGGAAUUUGCAAUCGGUUUACAACAACAACUGAACUAUUUUAACCAGGAUUUGUUAAAUUUCGAUUUUGUUUGCAAAAUUGGCUAUAACAUUGGCCCGGUGACAGCUGGUGUUAUCGGUACUACGAAACUAUACUACGAUAUUUGGGGUGAUACAGUGAAUAUUGCUUCCAGAAUGUAUAGUACAGGUGUACAGAAUCGAAUACAGGUAUCUCAGAAAACUCGAGAUUUGCUAUGUGAUCGUUACGACUUUGAAUACCGUGAUCAUAUUGAAGUAAAAGGAGUGGAUGGUGGCAUGGAUACUUAUUUAUUGGUUGGUCGGAAGGGCGAACCACCAGUGAAUUUUACGAUUACUUAAUCUUCCUGAUUUUCUUCUUACUUUCCUGGUGUGAUGCGUGUAACUUUGGACAACAACCGGUUAAAUUGAAUCUCAAAUUCGAAUUCUUUUCCUAUUUUAAUC